CAUCGUGUAUUAUUUGCCAUUUCAUCGAACCUGUCAAACCUGCACCAUUAGCAUUUGUUUUUCUUGUGUCGCUGCGGGUAGGAAAACUUUCGUUUCGUUGCAGCUAACUUCGCGUGAGUCAUCAUGGAUGCGGAAAAAUCAAGUAGCAGCUCCUUCGAAGAUUUGUCGAAUCUAAACGAGCAGGAGCGUGCCGAGCUAGCCUCAUCGGUGCCAGCUCCCGCAGAAGUAAACGAACAGCCGUCUACAUCCGAACAAAACGACAAACCCGAGAGCGAAGCGAAAGCAACGGAGGAAAGCGAAUCGGAAUGUAUGGACAUCCUGGGCAAUGGGACGCUGCUGAAGAAGGUGCUGAAAAAGGGCCGAUCGGAACUGCGGCCCGAAAGCAAAGAUCUGGUAACCGUCAGCUACACCGGGCGUCUCGAGGAUGGUACGGUGGUCGAGGAGCAAAACAAUGCUGUGGUGCAAAUUGACGAUGUGGAGGUGGUGCAAGGAUUAGAUAUGGCGCUGAAGCUCAUGAACGAGGGCGAGGUGGCGGAAGUGAUCGUAAAUCCGCGCUUCGCAUACGGCGAGCUGGGGGUGAAAGAUCCGACCGAGCAGGAUCCGGUGAUACGGACCGUGCCACCGAACGCGACCAUCACCUACACGGUCGAGCUGGUGUCGAUGCGGGAGGAAAGCGACAUCGAGGCGCGAACGUACGCGUCGCGCAAGGAAAUCGGCAACAGGAAGCGAUUGCGCGGCAACUUCUGGAUGAAGCGCCAGGAGUAUAACUUGGCCAUACAGAGCUAUCGCCGGGCGCUCGAGUAUCUGGACGAUACGGUCAGCGCCGGUGGCAUGAUGGAAUCCGGCUCGGCAGGCUCGGUUGAGUUGUCCACCGCGGAGCUGCAGGAUUUGCUGGAAGAUCGUAUGAAAGUGUACAAUAACCUCGCGCUGGCUCAGCUUAAAAUAUCGGCCCACGAGGCGGCCCUGAAGUCGGUGGACCAUGUGCUAAAGUGUCAACCGAACAACGCCAAGGCUCUGUACCGCAAGGGCAAGAUUUUAGACGCAAAGGGCGACACGGCUGGUGCUAUUACGCUUCUGCAGAAAGCGGCAACGAUCGACGUUGACGAUAAGCUAAUACAAUCCGAAUUAUCCAAACUGAUCCUGAAAUCAAAGCGUGAGGCUCGCAACGAGCGCGACCUGUACCAGAAGAUGCUGGGCCAGGCGCAGAAGCUUGAACAAAAGACAAAGGCUCCGCCAGCCGCCCAAACCACUGAAUCGUCCAAGAUCAUGAUGUGGGGUUACCUCGUAGGUACGAUCCUGAUCGGCGUGGUCGGUGUUGCAAUGUACCGGUAUAAUAAUCCGUAAAGCGAAGCGCGCCUCUCGACCACGUGCGUCGCUUCUCUGAAAAGCUGAAAAGCGCCUGCGCAAUUUUAAUCACAAAACUACACAGAUGCAUUAAACUUAUCGAAUAGUGUGCGGAACUGCCGAUACUGCGGAUCUGCGUUUAUCGAUCGAAUGGACAACCAGCGAGCUAGGUAGAUUAGCUGAACCGGGGAAGAGAAAAAUCAUACACCAACACAAACAAACAAACACACACAAUGUAUGGUGCAUUUUUUUGUACUGGCAACGACGCGUAAUAGAGGAGGAGGAGGAGGAGGAGGAGGAGGAGGAGGAAAAGAGAUAUUUACUGCAGUUAUAAUGGUACGGGAAAGAGGUGGUGCAUGAAAAAGGGUGCAAGUACACAUUGCAAUUGCAAACUGUGAACCUUUUUUUAUUCGACUCUGGUGUGGGUAUGGCUUGCUUGCCGAAAGGGCACAGUAGCAGCAGUGGUUCGAGUUUUUAAAUCAUCCUUUAAUCCUGCCUGGUGUGCACCAAUACCCAUAUGCUAUGCUGGGUAUUUGCUUUUGGCUACCUGGAAAAAGGACACAACUUAUCCUCGAGACACAACAGGGACAUUUACCGGCUAGGGAAAGGACAUGUUCGACCGAGUAAAGCCGUAAUGUUUGAAGACAAUUAUUUGGGUUACACUUGCAGUAGUGCGCCAGUACAGAAAGUGUGCAAUACGGUCGCUUCCGUGCCGUUCAUCUCGGUCAUCUUCAAUGGUUUUAAACAACUAGGGCCGCGGGCCUAGAGUGCCGCGCAGCAAGAAAUACGGACAAAAAAGGCGAAACGAUGUUGUUUCUUCCAUUUAAACUCUUCCCCAAAAGACACGUGGCUUUCGCGCGGGAAAGCGAUUCGAAACAGAGAGAGGGUAGGACGUAGGACAACAUCAUUCCAACGUGGGCAUCCUGCAUUUACGGAACAACGGCGGAACGGUGGAGGGAAGGGGGUCUCUUUUUUGUACGUUCUAUAAAAUUAGCAAUCGAUUUUCCGGUAUCAUUAUACUCUCCCUUAACAUGAGAACGUAGGGUUUAACAUGCGUAAUAAUGGUUUUUUUGUGAGCAAUUUUUGUUAGUGUUUUUUUUUUGUUUUCCAUCAGUAAAUUAUGCAAUCCCAUGUAUACAUAAAGAAAAUGA